GGGCCUGUUACAAAACGUCCCAAACUGUCCGCCCGCUUCACUCUUUGACUGACAGUUCUUCCGUCGAAUAAACGCGGCCUUGAAAGACGGCUGUCCAAUCGCAUGCGGCGAGGGGCGGGACCCCGGCUUUUCACAACAACCCCACUACGUCUUUAUAAAACAAGAGCACCGAGCGACCUCAGAAACAGAAUGUUUCACCGGGGUCACUUUAUUGAUUAAAACAUGAUCCAAGUGACCAUCUAAAAGGGAAUACUGCUGCAGCUCCUCACAAUGAAGGGUCUUUUCCUCGUGGAGCCUGUGGUGGCUCUGUACGCUUUCUCCAGUUUUCUCAUCUAUCCACUUUUGCAGCAGUAUGUGUACCGAAGGCUCUGGCAGCAACUAACAAACACCACAUACCCUACCUCGGACAACACCUCCAGGUGUGCAGCAAACGGCAGCAGCAACCAUUCAAGCUAUCAUGAGGAGGUACAGAGGCAGGCCUCUCUCUUCUCCCUUUACACAGAGGUCUUCUCCACAAUCCCCUCUUUGGUUGUCACUCUCAUGCUUGUGGCCUAUAGUGACCGGGGAGGACGCAAGAUCACAAUCAUCAUGCCUCUGAUUGGCACAUUGAUCUACACCUUGACCUUUCUGGUGGUGUCCUUCUUUGAACUCAACGUUUACUUGCUCAUUGGCUCGUCGCUUCUCAGUUCUCUGUUUGGCGGCAUAGGGACAUUUCUGGGGGGCUGUUUUGCCUACAUAGCAGACUUGUGUGAGGAUGAUCGUCAGAAGACACAACGCAUGGCUGGAGUGGACAUGAUGAUUGGGCUUUUGUCUGGGGUGGCCUCAAUAUCGACAGGCUACUUUCUGAGAGCUGCAGGCUUUAAUUGGCCCUUCGUAACCUCUGCGUUGUGUCAGUGUUUGAUCCUACUCUAUGCAAUAUUCAUCCUAGAAGAGACUGUGAAGAAGGCUCCCACGGAUGCCGUUAGUCCAGAUGGGUCUCCUCAGCACUCGGCCUUGAAACAGAUGAUCUUUGGGGUCUACAAGAUGUUUGUAGGGGCCAGGUGUAAAACUCUGUUGAUUCUCCUAAUACUCAUUUUCACCAGCUUCUCCUUUGCCUAUGUGGGUGGGAUAUCCUUGAUGACACUAUAUGAGCUCAAUGAGCCACUGUGCUGGACUGGGAUUUUGAUUGGCUACGGCUCAGCACUGUCCACCACUGUGUUCCUGACCAGUUUUGUGGGAGUGUCAGCGUUCACGUACUGUGGUGUGCCACAGCUGCUCAUUGUCCUGAUGGGGAUCCUGUCCGUCAUAUCGGGCAUGAUCCUGUUGGCGUUUACUAAGACCACUUUAAUGAUGUUUAUAGUGAGGGUGCCAUUGCUUCUGGCUAUCAUGCCUUUCCCUGUUCUGCGCUCCAUGAUGUCAAAGAUCAUCUCAAAGUCUGAGCAGGGAGCCCUGUUUGCCUGUCUUUCAUUUAUGGAUAGUUUAACUUACAAUGUAUCAAGCGCAGUCUUCAACAGUGUGUAUGCUGUUACGGUAGCUUGGUACCCUGGCUUCAUCUUCCUGUUGUCUGCAGGACUCUGUGUCAUCCCUUUGUCUAUCCUAGGGGUGGUGGGUCUGAUCGGAGUGGAUGUUCCCAAAGAGGUAAAAGAUCCAGAGCCUAUUCUCUCAGAGGAGGAGGAUCCUGCUGUAGAUCAGAACGACAAGAGCCCUCUUGUUUGCUGAGCCACAUUGACUCACAACUCACCAGCACUUUGUUCCGUUUCUUUAUAUAGUCUAUUAUUCUAAGAUACUUUUUUUCAAAAGUACCUCAGUUGCUGUUAGUUUCAAAAGUUAAUAAUACAGGUUACAGAGUCAUCUCUAAGCUUUUUUGGUGUGGUUGUUUGUGUGGAUGAUAAGUGAUGUGCUUUCAAUAUUACAAUUAAGAAUGCUGUGUGAGACAUUACUAACACAUUCAAAAAGAGUUUGUGUUUUUAUACAGUUUUACAGUGUGAUAUGAUCUGCUAUUUUAAGAACCAGUUAUGUUUCAGUUAUGCAAACUGAUUCUGAAAUACCCUUUGUCUCUCCUUUUUAUAUGUAAUAUAACACAAAUUGUGUUUACUAUAUAACGUUGUUCUUAGCUUUCAAACAAAUCUACAAUUUAGAUGCAUUUUAUUCACUAAGUGAUGUAAAAAUAAGCAAAUAUUACAGUAUAUAUGUGAUUUUAAAGAAUAUCAAACUGAUCAAACCAGUGAAGCAAGUAAGACUGAACACAGAGUAAGGACAGCAUUACAACAAACAACAACAUUAAUGACAGUAAUGAUCAGAUUAAUUUUUUAUAUGUGUGGGUGUUGCGGUGCUGUUGUGUGUGUGUUUGUGUUGUGUGUGU